AUUAGAUAAACAAACAGAAACUGAGAGGUGAGUAAAACCUAGAGGCUCCCAACAGAAGGCAUGUCGACCGCGGAGGUGAUGGCGAUGGUGGAAUCCGACCAGGAGACGUGGGGCGAGGUUCUUGCACGCAUCCACGCCUACGAUGACUGUGUGCGGGCGGGGCAGCUGAGGUUCAAGCGCCUGUCUUCAGCUGCGUGGACGUCCUCGGGGGGCCAGAGGGAAGCCGCCCUUCUUCGGAAAUCCCUAGGCUCUUUCAAGUCCGGCUUCGGGGUAUCGAUGCCCCUCGCCCCGGCUUUACCUCUCGGCCUAACCACACCGGUGAAGCCCGCGUUGCCUCACCAGAGCUUCCUGCAGCGCCUGAUGCAGCAGACGAAGGACUCCCUCGCUUCACGCCCCAGCUUCACGCAGUAAACAAGACCCGGGAUCCUCACCUGAUUAGACUCUGCCUAUAUUGGUGGACUGACCGACGCUGUCUGUUGACGGGACGA